CAUAGACAUUUCAGAAUGCCUUAUUUUAUGAGACUUGUUUUGUUCUUGUUUUGCCUGAUGGCUCUUGUGGAGAGCAGAAAGCCCAGGAGGAAGAGAUGGACAGGGCAGCUGGAAACAUCCAAGCCAAGCCACUUGUAUAAAAAGAACCUUGAUGCCACCAAAAUCCGGACAGGAAAACCUCGGCCUCUGCUCAGAGUGGACGACCAUGACUUCACCAUGAGGCCAGCCUUUGGAGGCCCGGCCAUCCCCGUGGGUGUGGACGUGCAAGUGGAGAGCCUGGACAGCAUCUCCGAGGUGGACAUGGACUUCACCAUGACCCUGUACCUGAGGCAUUACUGGAGGGACGAGAGGCUGGCCUUCCCCAGCACCAGCAACAAGAGCAUGACCUUUGAUGGCCGGCUGGUGAAGAAGAUCUGGGUCCCCGAUGUCUUCUUCGUUCACUCCAAAAGGUCAUUUAUUCAUGACACCACCACUGACAACAUCAUGCUGAGAGUCUUCCCAGACGGCCAUGUGCUAUACAGCAUGAGGAUCACCGUCACUGCCAUGUGCAACAUGGACUUCAGCCACUUUCCUCUGGACUCCCAGACCUGCUCCCUGGAGCUGGAGAGCUAUGCCUACACUGAUGAGGACCUCAUGCUGUACUGGAAGAACGGGGACUCGUCCCUGAAAACGGACGAGAAGAUCUCCUUGUCCCAGUUUCUGAUUCAGAAAUUUCACACGACCUCCAGACUGGCCUUCUACAGCAGCACUGGCUGGUACAACCGUCUCUACAUCAACUUCACUUUGCAUCGUCAUAUCUUCUUCUUCUUGCUCCAAACCUAUUUCCCUGCCACCCUGAUGGUCAUGCUGUCCUGGGUGUCCUUCUGGAUCGACCACAGAGCUGUGCCUGCCAGAGUUUCACUGGGCAUCAUGACAGUGCUGACCAUGUCCACCAUCAUCACGGGCGUGAACGCCUCCAUGCCCAGAGUGUCCUACAUCCGGGCCGUGGACAUCUACCUCUGGGUCAGCUUCGUGUUUGUGUUCCUGUCCGUGCUGGAGUACGCGGCUGUCAACUACCUGACCACAGCACAGGAGCAGAAGGAAAGGAAGUUUCGAGAGAAGUUUCCAUGCAUGUGUGGAAUGCUUCACUCGAGAACCAUGAUGCUGGAUGGAAGCUACAGUGAAUCUGAGGCUAAUAGCCUGGCUGGCUACCCACGAAGCCAUAUUCUGCCAGAAGAAGAAAGGCAAGACAAAAUAGUGGUUCAUUUGGCUCUCAACAGUGAAUUGACAUCCUCCAGAAAGAAAGGCUUUCUCAAAGGCCAAGUGGGGCUUUACAUCUUCCAGAAUACCCACGCCAUUGACAAGUACUCCAGGCUGAUAUUUCCAGCCUCAUAUAUAUUUUUCAACCUUAUUUAUUGGUCAGUGUUUUCCUAG